CGUCGGCUUGUUUUGAUUGAAGGACACCGCUGUGCGGAAGUCGCUUUCAGACAUGCUUAGUUUAUUGCCUCAAAACACACGCGUUAACAAUCACUAUUACUGCUUUAAUGCGAUUGUGGUGUAGCUGCAGCACAGGUUGGAAACAUCACAUUGAGCAGGAAUGAAACUGAAAGAUCUGGAAAGCUGCCUUCAGCAGGUGGACACGUUCGAGGAGCCUAAAGUCCUGCUGGAGCAGUACCCGACCAGCCCUCACAUCGCUGCCUGCAUGCUGUACACCAUCCACAGCUCGUUCGACGACAUUGAGGGGAAGCUGGUGGCAGACCUGGGAUGUGGAUGCGGAGUCCUCAGCAUCGGUGCUGCGAUGCUCGACGCAGGGUUGUGUGUCGGCUUUGACAUCGACGAAGACGCGCUGGACAUAUUCAGACGGAACGCGGAGGAGUUUGAGCUCACCAACGUGGAUCUGGUCCAGUGUGACAUUUGUUGUCUGGAGGCAGAAGCUUAUGCCCAGAAGUUUGACACUGUUAUAAUGAAUCCACCGUUUGGGACUAAACACAAAGGCGUCGACAUGAAGUUCCUCCAAGCUGCUUUAACCAUGGCAAAGACAGCUGUAUACUCGCUUCACAAAACAUCAACACGAGAGCACAUUCAAAAGAAAGCUAAAGACUGGGGAGUAAAGAUGGAAGUUCUCGCAGAGCUUCGGUAUGACUUGCCAGCAUCCUACAAGUUCCACAAAAAGAAAUCAGUCGACAUCGAGGUGGACUUCAUGCGAUUCUCCAAAACCUGAAGUACAAUCUGGAAUGGAUCAAACUUGCCCCUCUGCUUCUUUGCCGUUUGUAAUAAAUGUUUUUUUUUUACAAAAAGAAAAAUUCAGGCUGGGAUUUCAUGAUUAAGAACCGUUCUCAGUUUUGGGAACCUUUGCUGCGGGGCCAUCGGCAUCUUCCAGUUCUCUCUUCGGGGCUGCAGGAGCUGGAGGACGAUCACAGAGCAGCGUCAGAGACAUGCUGGUUUAACAAGAUUAGGAGAAAACCUGGACUUAGCUUACCAUCCUCAUCGUCACUGUCAAAUUUAGUCUUCUUCCCUUGGUACUGAGUUCUGCCUUGAUCUCUGCCGCCUCUUCCCCGUCGGCCUCCUCGUCCUCUGCCGCCUGAUCGUCCUCGUCCACCUUCAUGUCAGAAAUGUUUUGUUUUAUGGAGGAAGCUCCGAGUAUUUUUGGGCAACAUUUUACUUAUUUAUCCUCUAUUCUGUGUGGAGCAACAAUGUAAAAGAACUUCCCUCAGGGAUUAAAGGUUUAUUUAAUCCUCUUUUACUCACGACAGAACUGUUCUUGUAAACAUUUUUUUUUGUUUGUUCGUACCUCUGCCUUUGGACCUGUUCAUAGACUCCUGCUGGGCUUCAACGAUCUUCUUCAGCACUUCUUUCUCCUCCUCGCCUUCGAUCAGCUGCCAUGUCACACUGUUCUCCUUGAUUUUCAGGUCUUCCCCUUUGGCCUCUUUGGCCUUCUCAAACGCUUCCUUUGCAUUUCCAUCAAAUAAAAGGGUGCCCUUGUUGGAAGUGGGGGAAAAAAAAAAAAAUCCACCAGUUAAACAGACUGUCACCAUUUUAACGUCCCAGAUUUUAUAAAUAUAUUUUAC